GGUCACUAAGAAUCAUGGCCUGAUGCUACCCCCAAACCCGUGAUAUUGGGGACCCCCUCUGGUUGCUGAAACUGCCUUAUGUAACAGUUGAGCUCCCUGAAGGGGGUUUGACAGAACCCACUCUAUGCCAAGUUCUGCCCAGCGCUGUUCCUGCAACAUUGUGGUGUGUGCUGCGGUUGUAUUUUGACCUUUCUGGGAAUAAUUAUAAGUGUGUGUGCAGGAGGGAGGCGGGUAUUCUGUGCCUUUCUGAAGAGUUAUCCUGGUCCCCCUCAUUCCUCCCACUUUCCGGUGGUAAUUUUAAUUACUGGGCAGUGUCACCACAGAGGGAGGAAACCCAAAGCUGAAAGCAAAAUUCCAGACCUAAUUCAGGCUUUUGAAGUUCCUGGUUUGUGAAGCCAGGUCUGAGGAGACCCUCUAACGGGUUGGGUCAUCUCCAAGACAGUCACGGCUUUACAAACUUGCCCUGGAAAUCUACCAGAUGCAGAUGAUUGUUUCUGUCUUCCUUGUCUCUUGCCCGUUUUCUUAAAAGUGGCUGGAGUUUUAAUUAAGGAAUUUUUAAAAAGAUUUAUCUUUUGACUCUCCUCCCCCGCUUCAGCCAUAUACAUGAUAUUAUCUCCUUUGAUUGCACCAGUUUAUGGGUAGAGUGAGUUAAUCUGUAGACAAAGGUGAGGGACAAGAGAGAACUAAAAUCUAGACCAUGAAAAAAGCCACAGAGUGUGGUGAUUUCUGGAUACCAUCCAACGUCAUCAGAUCUAGCCUUUCCCCAGGGUUGACUACAAGAAAGAAAAUGAGAUUUCUGCAAGAUCAAAAUGUCAGUGUGCCUAUGUUAACCUCCCCUAUUUUCCUCCAGUAUUUCCACAAUCACUUUAGAGUCUUAAGAGUCAGUGCUCACCUGUGUGGAGCUGGUAGUAAAUUUUGCUUAGAAAGCUAAGUCCAGAGUUCCUUCUGAAUUUUAGGUUCCAGGAAUUUCCUCAGAACACCCUGUUCCAGAGGGUAAUUUUCUGGAGUUUGUUUUGCAGGGAUAGCUGGGAGUAUGGCCACCCUGCUCCACGAUGCGGUAAUGAAUCCAGCAGAAGUCGUGAAGCAGCGCAUGCAGAUGUACAACUCACAGCACCGCUCAGCCCUCAGCUGCAUCCUGACGGUGUGGAGGACCGAGGGGUUGGGGGCCUUCUACCGGAGUUACACCACGCAGCUGACCAUGAACAUUCCCUUCCAGUCCAUCCACUUCAUCACCUACGAGUUCCUGCAGGAGCAGGUCAACCCUCACCGGGGCUACAACCCACAGUCCCACAUUAUCUCAGGCGGGCUGGCUGGGGCCCUCGCCGCGGCCGCCACCACCCCCCUGGACGUCUGCAAGACCCUCCUCAACACUCAGGAGAACAUGGCUCUCUCCCUGGCCAACAUCAGUGGCCGGCUGUCAGGCAUGGCCAAUGCUUUCCGGACGGUGUACCAGCUCAAUGGCCUGUCUGGCUACUUCAAAGGCAUCCAGGCAAGAGUCAUCUACCAGAUGCCCUCCACAGCCAUCUCCUGGUCUGUCUAUGAGUUCUUCAAGUACUUCCUCACCAAGCGCCAGCUGGAGAACCGAACUCUAUACUAAAAGAACAGGCAUGGGAACUGGUUCCAGAAUCUUUUAUUUUCAAAAGGCUUCCUCCAUCCCCUUACUCUGAAACCAACAGGAUUGCUUGCAGGUGCUCCUGUGGGCUUUCUGCUCCCCGAGGCCUUAGAGAGCAGGGCGGGACAGCCGCUUACCAGAAGGCCGUCCACGGGGACAUCCCAGGUGGUGGUGGACAGGAAAGACUUUGCAAGGGGAGUGAGAGAUUACUCUUCCCCUGAGAGGAAUGUAGCUUUCCUUCUUCACUGUGGCAGUCUCCUGCCUUGAUCCUUAGAUCACAUGGUGAGGAAGAAAAUACGCAGUGACUGAGAUCAUUAAAGAAAAAAAACAUUUUAUGUAUAUAAAAGUUCCAUUAACAGUAUAAAAUAGAUGGAUAAUGUUUAUCCUUUAUUUUUCUAUGUAGAAGUUUUUGAAUUUGUGUGUGUGCUUGUGUGUGUCUACACAUAGUAUUACAGCUGGGAAUAUCAAGCUGUUUUUUUUUUUUUUUUUAAAAUAAGAGGGCUGAGUUCUUCCAUCCGGUUAAGUAAAAUGGCACCAAAGUAAUAAAUUGCUGAAUAUGGCCUAAAACUGUGUUUAGCACACCCAGAUGGAAGUUUCACUUGAAUGUAAAGUAAUAAAUAUUAAGUUUA